AUGCCGGAACUCAGCCACGUCGUAGGUGCCCUGAAGGACUCACCAAGGUCUAACUUCACCGGAGUACUACAACAAAGAGCCUCUCGGCCUGGACAGCGCUGGACCAAGCGCGAACUUCAACCCAGGCUGGAGAGCGCGACUGUAGAGGGGAUGUCCUCCAAGGAAUGCCGAGCCAUCCAGUACAGGACCUUGCUUGCGGAUCUUAUGUGCUACAAUCACACAGUUGCAGCUAAAGACCGGCCUGAACCCGGAGUUGUGGCCAAGAAAGACGACAAGGACUGGCUUCUAGCGGAUUUGAGCGAUGGAUGGAUACGGAGGCUCGAAACUCACGCCGGCCAAGAGUUGCAAAGGCAGAAGGAAGAGGAUGCCAGGGAGCAGUAUCGUAGAAUCCUGGAUGGUCAGCUCCUGAGUCAAGUCGAGUGGGGAAGAAUACGGGCCAGAAACCAGAAGAUGGAACGUGCUGCAAACAAGAAGAUGUGGGAAGAGUGCAAGACGAUGACUUUAGGGCGCUGGAAGGAUGCCGCAGGCUUUGACUACACAGAUAAGGUUCAGGAACUGCUCGAUUUGCAGGCCUUCCAUGACAUCCAGAAGGCUGAGCUUAACACUCACACGGAAACGGCUCAGUCGUUGGUCGCGAAGGCAAUUCUUACGACCGAGAGCCUUGCGACGGCUGCCGACAGCUGCCUUGACGUGCUUGAAAAUCAGACAGAAACGACUGAAUGUCUAUUAGACCUAUCCGAGCAGAGCAUGCUGAGGGCCCAUACACGAGUGCGCAGGCUCAUGGCGACAGAUGUCGAGGGCGAGGUGGCUCGUAAAGAAGAGAUGCGACGACGACUCGAACAUCCGAAAGCAUUGGAUUACAUGUUCGAAGGCAAGACCGAACUAGAAGCGGCGAGAGCGGUGGCGAACUCAACCAGGAGGUUUUUGGAGAGUAUCGAAGAAGACCUUGAGAAGACUGUUCUGGCAACCGUAGACACGAUAAGCUCGCUGAAGGAUGCGCGAUUGGCGCUGGACUUUCAGUGA